AUGUCUAAGAGAGGUCGUGGCGGUAAUGCCGGCAACAAGCUGAAGAUGACGCUCGGUCUGCCUUGCGGCGCCGUCGUCAACUGCUGCGAUAACUCUGGUGCCCGUAACCUGUACAUCAUCUCAGUCAAGGGUACUGGUGCCCGCCUGAACCGUCUCCCCGCCGCUGGUGUCGGUGACAUGGUCAUGGCCACCGUCAAGAAGGGAAAGCCCGAGCUCCGGAAGAAGGUCAUGCCUGCCGUUGUUGUCCGUCAGAGCAAACCCUGGAGACGUCCCGAUGGGAUCUACUUGUACUUCGAGGAUAACGCUGGUGUGAUCGUCAACGCCAAGGGUGAAAUGAAGGGAUCCGCUAUCACCGGCCCCGUUGGAAAGGAGGCUGCUGAGCUUUGGCCUCGUAUCGCUUCCAACUCCGGUGUCGUCAUGUAA